AUGGCACGGUGUCAUAGAGCCACUCUAGUGCUGUUGGUCUGCGGCAUCCUAAUGCACUACAGAAUCUACUGCUCGUCUAUAGGACUCAGGUAUCCCAAGAUCAGACUAGAAAAUGAAGUGUAUGAAGAGGAGGGGAAUAUGUUAACAGACAUAUCUUUUGACAACGAUCAGAUACGAAGCCCGCCUUCUUUAGAUGACAGUCUAUAUACAUUGUGUGCAAAAGGCAUGAGGAGAACAGAGAGACGUGCAGAGGAGGUGGUAGCUAGAACAUUGAGGGAGAUUCUGGGCCAGCUGACAGCGAGGCAGUAUCUCACUGCACUGAUGAUGAUACCUGUAGGUGAGGAGAGUCGAAUGGAGGAUGAAUCGGAGCCGUUAUCAAAGCGUCACUCAGACGGCAUCUUCACAGACGGCUACAGUCGCUACAGGAAACAGAUGGCUAUGAAUAAGUACCUGGAGGCAGUGUUGGGGAGAAGGUAUAGACAGCGAUUUAGGAACAAAGUAUGGAGGCUCACAUAUUCGUAGCGAUUCUAGCCCUCCCUUACCCUGACCCUAAACCUAACUCUGACCCUAACUCUGACCCUAACCCUAACUCUGACCCUAACCCUAACUUUGACCCUAACUCUGACCCCAACUCUGACCCUAACCCUAACUUUGACCCUAACUCUGACCCUAACUCUGACCCUAACUCUGACCCUAACCCUAACUCUGACCCUAACCCUAACCCUAACUCUGACCCUAACCCUAACCCUAACUCUGACCCUAACUCUCUGUUAUAUAUACUCAUCCUUCAAACUACAUCCUUAUGAAUGCUAUACUAUAUCUGACCAAAAAGUGGUUUGUGCCUGUGUUCCUUAAACGUAUAUUUACAGUUGAAGUCGAAAGCUCACAGUACAUACAAUUUAGCCAAAUACAUUUAAACUCAGUUUUUCACAA